AUAGUUGUCGCCAUGGCACGAACCAAGCAAACUGCUCGUAAGUCUACUGGUGGUAAAGCUCCCCGUAAACAAUUGGCUACAAAGGCUGCACGUAAGAGUGCUCCUGCAACUGGAGGCGUGAAGAAACCUCAUCGUUAUAGGCCUGGUACUGUAGCGCUUCGAGAAAUUCGUCGUUAUCAGAAGAGUACCGAACUGUUAAUCCGAAAAUUACCAUUCCAACGACUUGUUCGAGAAAUCGCACAAGAUUUCAAAACGGAUCUUCGUUUCCAAAGUUCAGCGGUAAUGGCUCUUCAAGAAGCUAGCGAAGCUUACCUGGUUGGUCUGUUCGAAGACACGAAUUUGUGUGCUAUUCAUGCUAAACGUGUUACCAUCAUGCCGAAAGAUAUCCAACUGGCUCGUCGUAUUCGUGGAGAGCGUGCUUAA